AUGUCGUCUCGUGUAGGCUUCCGCUUCUUCAACAACGCUCGCUUUGCGUUCCGCAAUGCCUCUGCGCCAUUCCGCCGGCCGGGUGCCCAGGGCUGGCGCUUUCAGAGCUCCGAGGCCGGCGCCGGCGCCGCGGAGCAGCAGAGCACUUUCCAGCGCCUGUGGAACAGCCCUGUCGGUGUGAAGACUGUGCAUUUCUGGGCUCCCGUUAUGAAGUGGGCUCUGGUCAUUGCCGGUAUCUCCGACUUCAACCGUCCCGCCGAGAAGCUCUCCCUCACCCAGAACGCCGCUCUGAUGGGUACCGGUGCCAUCUGGACCCGCUGGUGCCUGAUCAUCAAGCCCCGUAACGUCCUGCUUGCCGCCGUCAACUUCUUCCUCGGAUGCGUUGGUGUCGUCCAGGUUUCCCGUAUCUACAUGUGGCGCCAGAGCCAGGAGGGUUCCGCCAUCGAGGCUGUCAAGGAUAUGGAGAAGGAUGUUGCCGACUCCGCGAAGGCCGUUGCCAACAAGGCUGAGGGUGCUGUUAAGGCUGAGAAGUCGUCCUAA